CAAAGAUUAAGAUUAUGAGAAAUUAACCCUUGUUAUUUGCACUACACUAUAUUAGUAUUAAAGUAUUAAUCUAAAAAUUAGUAAUGAAUAAUAUUAUAGUUAUCGGUCUGCAAUGGGGGGAUGAAGGUAAGGGCAAAAUAGUAGAUUACCUUUCUGAGAAAGUAGAUGCAGUUGUUAGAUUUCAGGGUGGAAACAAUGCUGGACACACCAUAGUAGUAGAUGAUCAAGUCUAUAAAUUAAAUUUGCUACCCUCCGCUGUUUUAAGACCUAACAAGAUAUCUAUUAUAGGAAAUGGCGUUGCUCUUGACCCACAUGCAUUAAUCUCAGAAAUUGAAUUAUUGAGAGUGAAGCGGAUAGAUAUAAACCCUAAUAAUUUAGCAAUAUCAGAAAGUUGUCCUCUAAUAUUAAGUGUACAUAAAGAUAAAGAAAGACUAUUUGAAGACUUAAAUGGAAAUCAUAAAAUUGGAACUACAAAUAAAGGUAUAGGUCCGUGCUAUGAAGAUAAAGUGGGAAGAAGAGCGAUACGUCUCUGUGACUUGGAAAGCGAGGAUGAGUUAAAUCAAAGAAUAGAAACUCUUCUUAAUUACCAUAAUGCAAUCAGAAAGGGCUUGGGUAGCAAAUUAGUAAAAAAAGAAGAAAUGAUAAAAGAGCUCCAAAAAAUCUCAAAAAAGAUUCUUCCAUAUAAGAAAUCAGUAUGGAAGGUAUUAAAUAAUCUGGUGACGGAGAAUAAGAAAAUAAUAUUUGAAGGAGCUCAAGGUACGUUCUUAGACAUCGAUCAUGGGACGUAUCCAUUUGUGACUUCAAGUAAUACUAUAGCAGCACAGGCAAUAACGGGCUCGGGAUUAUCUUCAAGAGCUAAUGUUAUUGGAAUAGCAAAAGCCUAUACAACAAGGGUUGGCAACGGUCCAUUUCCUACUGAGCAAAAGAAUGAAAUAGGAGAUAGCUUGUUUACUGCAGGAAAGGAAGUGGGAACGGUAAGCAAUAGACGAAGGCGCUGUGGGUGGUUUGAUGCAGUCUUAGUGCGUCAAGCCGUGAAGCUUUCUGGAGUUUCGUGUAUUAUACUAACUAAAUUGGAUAUACUUGAUUCAUUUGAUAAUAUUAAAAUAUGUACUAGAUAUCAGUAUAAUCAUGAAGAGUAUGAUCAUUUACCAGCAUCACAUGUAAUACAAAAAGAACUAGAACCAAUAUAUGAAGAAUUCCCUGGCUGGAAGGAGGAUACUCAAGGUAAGCGAUAUACUGAAGAUCUGCCUGCUAAUUUGAUAAAAUAUGUAGAAAGAAUAGAACAAUUAAUAGGCGUACCGGUUAAUCUAAUUUCAACCAGCCCAAAAAGAGAAGAUAUUAUCACACUAAAGAGAACUAUUAACGAAGUGCCAUUUAAUGAACAAAUUUACUAAUGUUUGCAUGCCUAAUUUUAAAAUAUCUGCUUGAGUUUUUAUAUAAAACAUUAAUGCAAAUAGACAUGAA